CCUCAGACUCAGUGGAGCUCAACACCGGGGCGUUGGUGGCAGCGCUGAGGGGCCCCCACUGCCCUGUCAUGGCAUCUGCUGUCACCGUCCUCCUCCUCGGCUGCUGGCUGGCCGGGCACAGCGGGGUGUGGGGAGGGCGUGAAUUUCUCAAACCAACCAUCUGGGUGAGCCCCAGCCAGGUAGUGGCGCUCGGGGGAAAACUCACCAUCCACUGUGAGGGUCGGCAACGAUCCAUGGAGUUCUUCCUGCGUAAAGCUGGACACCCGAACCCGCAGAUGCAGACGGUGCCUGAUGGGAAUGUGGCUGAAUUUCCCAUCACCAGUGUUGGCCGGGAAGAUGGAGGGAGCUACACCUGCGACUAUCGCUCCAUAGCGGAUCAGAAUCGCUCAUCGCAUCCCAGUGACCCCGUCGAGAUCAUUGUGGGAGACCCCAGCUACCCCAAACCCAACAUCUCCCUGAGCCCCAGCUGGGGGGUCUCCCUGGGGGCAGCUGUGACCGUCCAGUGUCAGGGGCAGCACCAGGGUGUGCGGUUCGUGCUGAAUAAAGAGCGACGCCAUUUCCCACCUGUGGAUUCGGACGGGUUUGAGGCCGAGUUUUCCAGUAGCAACGUUCACCGGGAUCUUGGCGGGAGCUACAGCUGCUCCUAUCACAGCAAAUCGGAGCCGUUCAACGUGUCGUACCCCAGCGACCCCGUGGAGCUGGUGGUGAGAGAUCCCAGCUUACCCAGACCCUCCAUCUCUCUGAGCCCCACUGGGGUCACCGCCCCAGGGACAGAUGUCACCAUCCAGUGUCACGGGCAGCGCCGGGACGUGAGGUUCUUCCUGCACAAGGUUGGAGACCUGAACCCGCAGCGACACAUGGACCCUGCUGGGGACAUGGCCGAGUUCCGCAUCCCCACCGUGAGCCGGCAGCACGAAGGGAACUACAGCUGCAGCUACCGGCCCCGGUCAGAGCCCUUCGUCUCUUCGCAGCCCAGCGACACUGUGCAGCUGGUGGUAGCAGCAGCCCCCCCGAGGUGCCCGGAUUUCACCCACGCCAACAUUGCCCGCCUGGGGCUGGGCGCCGUCGUCCUGCUCGUCCUGGGGCUGAUCCUGGCCGAGGCCCGUUACAGCCGCCCGAGGGGGGCGCCCUAGCUGAGGUGACCCCUUUGUCGCUCGCCUCUGGAUCCUUUUUCCAGUGUCUUCACCUCCUUUCUAUGGAGCGGUGACCAGAACUGGACACAGCUCCCAGCCUGCCCACCGCCGAGCAGAGCGGUUCUCACCACCCGGGACGUGCGCGCUGCACCUCUGGUAGUGCAGCUGCACAUUGCAUUUGCUUUUGUCUUGCACCGGCAUCAUGUCGCUGACUCACGUCGAGGGUGCGAUGAUCCACCACAGCUCCCCGCUCCGUCCCAGCAGCGCUGCUGCCAACCCAGCUACCACCAUCCUGCGUUUGUGCAUUUGGUUUUUCUUCCCUUAGUGCAGCACCUCCAUUGACUUUCGACCAGCUUGGAAAAGAGACGACUAAGGGGGGAUACGAUGGAGGUCUAUAAAAUCAUGACUGGUGUAAAGAAACUAAAUCAGGAAGUGUUAUUUACUCCUCGUAACACAGGA